UCCCUCGUCGUUCCCGAUCAGAACCAGUUCCAACACAUUCUUCGUCUGUUAAAUACCAAUGUCGACGGUAAAACAAAAGUCAUGUUUGCCUUAACGGCAAUAAAAGGUGUGGGUCGCCGAUACUCUAACCUAGUGUGCAAGAAAGCUGACGUCGAUCUACGCAAGCGUGCUGGUGAAUUAACCAACGAAGAACUUGCACGAAUUGUCAACAUCGUUCAAAAUCCAACUCAAUUCAAGAUCCCGAACUGGUUCCUCAAUCGACAAAAGGAUAUCGUUGAUGGUAAAUACUCACAGAUCUUGGCCAACAAUUUGGAAUCCAAACUGCGUGAAGAUUUGGAGAGAUUAAAAAAGAUCAGAGCACAUCGUGGGUUGAGACAUUUCUGGGGUUUGCGUGUGCGUGGUCAGCAUACUAAAACUACAGGCAGAAGAGGAAGAACAGUGGGUGUGUCGAAGAAGAAAGGUUAG